UUUUUAAAAAUAUAUAUAUAGAAGCCGGGACUGUUCACACGUUCGAGCCCGCAGAACGUCGCCGGACACGAGAAAGAGGAAUGAAACAUGGCGUCCAAAUCCGGUUAUUCGCACAGAGACCCCAUGCUGAAGAAAAGAGAUGAAUUCGAGGACAUCCUGGAGGAGAGGAGGAACUCCAGUGACCUGAGAUACGCUCUGAGGUGUUACACCCCGGUUCUCUACAAAGGACUCUCUCCCUGCUCAGCUGCUGCACUGAAGAACAUGGUGCUCCGGUCCGAUCAGCUGCGCUUUGUCAUCGGCCAGGUUUGCCACGAGUCAGGCAGAGCUGUUGAUGACAUCCAGGAGGAGGCGUCGGCCAUCUUGGAGGAGAUGGCUCAGAGCCUGCAGCUCAGCACCGUUCGCUUCUUCGCCUUCACACUCAGCAAAGUCUUUAAAACCUUGUUCAGGAGCAUCUGUGUCAACGAAGAUGGAAUCCAGAGGCUCCAACAGGCCAUUCAGGAGCACCCGGUCGUCCUGCUACCCAGUCACCGUAGCUACAUGGACUUCCUGCUGAUGUCAUACAUCCUGUACACCUAUGACGUGGCUCUACCUGUCAUCGCUGCUGGCAUGGAUUUCAUGGGAAUGAAGUUUAUCGGGGAGAUGCUGCGGAUGUCUGGAGCCUUCUUCAUCCGACGGUCCUUCGGUGGCGACAAGCUGUACUGGGCCAUCUUCUCGGAAUAUGUCAAGACCAUGCUCAAGAGUGGAUUUGCACCAGUUGAAUUUUUCCUGGAAGGAACCAGAAGUCGAACGAGCAAAUCUUUGACUCCAAAGUUAGGUCUGAUGAACAUAGUGAUGGAUCCGUUCUUUAAAGGGGAAGUGUAUGAUGUCAGCUUAGUUCCAGUCAGUAUCAGCUAUGAGAGGAUCUUAGAGGAGUCGCUCUAUGCCAGAGAGCUGCUGGGUGUUCCCAAACCUAAAGAGUCCACUUCAGGUCUGAUUAAAGCCAGGAAGGUGCUCAGUGAAGACUACGGCAGUAUCCAUGUGUACUUUGGUCAACCUGUGUCGGUCAGAAGUUUAUCCCAGGGCAAAAUGGACCGCAGCCAGUUCAACCUCAUACCGAGACACAUCCCCAAGAGGCCCAGUGACGAGAUCUCCAACUUGGUGAACGACUCGGCCUACAGUCUGGUUCGGGCUCAGGAGGAGAACAUGGUCCUGAAGCCGUGGGUCCUUCUGGCCUCCCUGCUGCUCCAGAGCCACCAUCAGAACCAGGCGACGGGGCAGAAACAGGGCACGGCACUGGACGAGCUGACUGAACAAGCCGUGUGGCUCAGGGAUCUUUCACGACAGUAUGGAGCCUUCCUCCACUGGCCUGACCACGUGCCUCCAUCAGAAGUCGUCUCCUCAAGUCUCUCCUUGCAUCGAGCGCUGGUGAAAAUCUCUGAGGGAAGAGUUCAGCUGGCGUUGGAACAAGAAGGACAAUCAGGCCCAGGGGAGCCUCACAGAGCCGCAACCCCAGAAGAGGAGCUCUUGAGCCAGGCAGUCACCGUACUCUCCUGCGCCUCCUACAGGAACCAGGCUCUGCACGUCUUUCUCCGACCGGCACUGCUCGCCUCGGCUGUCCACGCUGCCUCAUCCAACAACAAACAGGAGGUUUUCAACAGCUUCAGCUUCCUCAGAAACAUGUUCUCCAACGAGUUCAUCCUCUGCCCUGGAGCUACAGUGCAGGACUUUGAGGACGCCUGUUACCUUCUGGUGAAGACUGGAGCUCUGCAGGUUUCCCAGCAGGAGGUUCUGGUGACAGAGAGAGGACACAGAACGCUGGCCUUCCUCACCAGCAUGCUCGACCCCUUCUUACAGGGAUACCAGGUGGUGUGUAGGUUCCUGUGUGAAGAGGCCACAGAGACUCUGACAGAGAAACAGUUUGUUCCUGCCGUCAGAAAGUUCAUCCUCAAACAUCUUCUUGCAGGGAGACUAAGAUACCCUGAGGUGUUGUCCUCUGACCUCCAGAAGAACUCUCUGGCAGCUUUGCUAAGACUCGGAGCUGUACGGAAAAUCAAAGGAGCGGAGCCGGGAGCUCUAAAGGUCAACGCGGUGAUGGUGAACUCAUUGGAAGACACUCUAGGAGGGAAACUUCCGACUCAGAAAGCCGUCGCCGCUCGCCUUUGAUUCAGCGACCUCAUUAGCCAAAGGAGAUUCAGAAGGUCACGUCCUCUCACCCUGCACCGACGCCUCGGCCCCGUCUGCAUCGUCACCGCACGAGUCGACGCGGCUCCUCAGAAAGUCCAACCCAACCGCUCGCUAUGAAAGGUGGAACAAAAGCCAUGGGGAGACGACUCAACCCCUUUUUAUUUUUCCUUUUCUUUAAUUUCUCAACAUCUUCUCCUCACCUCUCCUUUUUUCUUUUUUUUUUUCUCCCUCUCUCUUCUUUUGAAAAUAUUUUUAUACGCGUACAUAAAACCAGACGAUGAGUCAGGCCUUUGAGGGUUCAUUGCUUUUGGCUCAUUGUGAAUAACUAAGCAGCCUUGUGAAAAGCUUCUGAAUGUGCCGGGCUCGUCUCAGGAUCGUGGCCGGUUUCCAUUAACGCAUCGGAUACGCAUCCUUGUGAUAAUCAGAGUGGCUUUUCUCCUCUGUGGUGUUCUCCGUCCUCUCUCUCCGCUGCAGCUCGUCUGUUUGUUAAUCACCGUCUCUCUUUAUUUUGAGCACUUUAACGAUUUAAUUCAUGCGAUGUGGUGUGGGGCUUUUAUACUAAAUGUCUUUCGCUACUCUUUUCUUCUUUUCCCCUCAUUUUUUGGCGUGUGUGUGACACAAAAGGUGCUAAAAUGGAUGAAUACCAACAUUUUAAUUCAAGUUAUAUAUUGGAGUUGUACAAACUAAAGGCUGUUUGGUUGUUGCAGGCCUUUUGCCAACAGCUGCAUAGGGAGGCAGUAAAUCCGUGUUUGUUACGCUGCAGAGUCUCAUGUUACAUAUUGUUGCCAAACUUUAAUUUAUACUGAAGCACUACCAGCUACACCAAAGGAAUAUGUUUUCGUUAGAUAUGAUAUUUUGGUUUUCUUUAUCUGUUUUCACAUGUCUUUACUGAACCUGUGUACUGAGGGGUUUUUUUUUUCUUUAAAGCCACAAUAAGUUUAGAAGUUGGUUGAUAUUGAACCUUUAUUUAUACUCGCAGAAACUCUCCGGGCUUCAUAUAAGUUUGUUUACGAGGGAGGGAAGAUGAGACAAAAUAAAUGAAAGCAGGCGCGGUGGCUGUGACACCGACACUCAGAGGAACAAAGCUCAUAAAAGCAGAAGAACAACACGUCAGGACUUUAUGUACAAGGAGUUUGACAAGUACUGGGCCAGUGGGUGGUUCUUGUUUUAAGCCUCAGGAUUAACUGAUGUUCAGAAGUGUGUAGUUUUAUAGCAAAUGUUUCCAAAUUAAAACGAGAGACGUUUAAAAUUCCUUAUAUUUGAAGCUAUUUAUUCGGUGGCUGUGACCAGCAGCGCAAUUCUAUGAAAUCCCGUCAGCAGUAGAUUGAGUUUGAGCUCUUGGUCAUGGAGGAAAUGAUAUGAGGACCUGCCACCAACUCCAGAAAACAGAUGCACUCGCACCUGAGCUUUUUUGAAACGAGCCAACUUUGCCAAUAAGGACUCGAGUGUCAAAUCAUAAAUUACAAAUCUUUUAUAAAGCGCUACCUCCGUCUCCUUUGUCGCCAAAAUUUGCUCGACGCUCGUGUGUUUUGCGACUGAAGCGCUGAGGUUCACUGGGUCAGAGCAGCCUAGUGUUGAAAUGAAUCAACGUUAAUCUGCCUGUUAACACAUCAUCCAAAGUGUGACUCGAUUCUUUAAACUGUGAUAGUGGUUCAAAUUGGUUUUCAAACAGCUUUUAUAUGAUGCCUAUGACUCCUUUGUGUCUUUGUACGUGUGUGUGUGUGUGUGUGUGUGUGCUUUCAUGCAUGUAACCAUGUUAACGUGUGGGUGUGUGUGUGUGUGUGUUUGGUGAAGCCUUUCAGUACUGAACGUACAGCCUGAUGCAUUAAAGAGCAAAUUAAUAAAAGGUUUUG